AUGGGUGACCACUACGGCUUCUCACUUACUACUUUCAGUCCAUCGGGAAAGUUGAUGCAAAUCGAAUAUGCAUUGAAUGCCGUCAAAAAUGGUCAACCAUCAGUUGGAUUGAGAGCCAAGGAUGGAGUCGUUUUGGCCACCGAGAACGUCGGAUCAGUUCUCACCGACGAUCAACCAAAAGUCGAGCAGAUCAGCAAGCACAUCGGAUGCGUUUACAGUGGAAUGGGACCAGAUUUCCGUAUUUUGGUGAAGAAGGCUCGUAAAAUCGCUAUGGAGUACGAGAUGAUGUACGGAGAGGAGAUGCCAACGAUUCAGUUGGUUACUGAGCUCGCCGCUGUCAUGCAGGAAUACACUCAGUCCGGAGGAGUCCGCCCAUUCGGAUCAUCUCUCCUCAUCGCUGGCUGGGACAAGAACCCAGGACGACCACUCCUCUUCCAAUGUGAUCCAUCUGGAGCAUAUUUCGCCUGGAAGGCAACUGCUCUCGGAAAGAACGACGUCAACGCGAAGACGUUCCUCGAGAAGCGGUUCAGCGAGGCUCUCGAGCUCGACGAUGGAAUUCACACGGCUCUUCUUACUCUCAGAGAGUCAUUCGAUGUCGGCAUGAAUGAGAACAAUGUUGAGGUGGCAAUCUGCAAUUCGACUGGCUUCCAUCGACUCACCAAGCAACAAGUCAAGGAUCAUCUCGGAACUCUUUAA